AUUAAAUUUAAUCUGAACAUGCAUUAAGGUUGCAUAAUUCUCUCUGGUUGUAAAUAUGGCUGAUGAUCUUAGUUCAUCAUUGUUGAAGGAAGAGGAGCAAGAUAAUGAUAUUAGUAACCAUGAAGUUACUAACAGAGAGAAUUUAAGGUUAACAGAUUUGGAUAGUAUUGUUAGCUUUCAACAGCUGAUAAAAGAAAGUUGGAGAGAAUCAAAGAAGCUGUGGAGAAUUGCAGGGCCUGCUAUUUUCAUCAGAGUAUGUUCACAUUCAAUGCUAUUAAUCACAACAAUAUGUGCAGGCCACUUGGGUGUUGUGGAAUUGGCAGCUCUGGCAAUUCAAGGCAAUGUUAUUGGACUCCUGGCUUUUGGACUCAUGUUGGGAAUGGGCAGUGCAUUAGAAACCCUCUGUGGUCAGGCCGUUGGAGCACGAAAACUUCAAAUGCUUGGAGUGUAUUUGCAGCGUUCAUGGUUAAUAUUGAUGGGUACAGGAGUUCUUUUGAGUCCUAUUUACAUCUUUGCCACCCCAAUUCUUAAGCUGUUGGGACAGGAGGAUGACAUAGCUGAUCUAACUGGAGAAUUUGCACUUUGGAUGCUACCACAGUUGUUUCUCUAUGGAUUAAAUUUCCCAAUGCAAAAGUUUCUUCAGGCACAGAGCAAACUCAUGGUCAUGGUUUGGAUUGCCUUAGUUGCAUUGAUAAUCCAUGCCAUUCUGAGUUGGUUGUUAAUGUUCGAAGCAGGUUUGGGAUUGGUUGGAGCAGCUAUUACAAUAAUUUUUUCAUGGUUUUUUAUCGAUAUAAGUCAAUUUUUGUAUAUAGUUUACUUUUGUCAAGAUGCUUGGAAAGGAUUCUCCUGGCUUACUUUUCGUGAUCUAUGGCCUUUUAUUCGACUUUCAGUGGCUUCGGGUGUUAUGCUAUGUCUGGAGAUCUGGUAUAUGAUGUCACUGAUUGUUAUGACGGGUCAUUUGAAAAAUGCAACAAUUGAAGUCGAUGCGCUAUCUAUCUGUAUGAAUUUGAAUGGAUUGGAAGUCAUGAUCUUCGUCGGUUUCAAUGCAGCCAUUAGUGUAAGAGUAUCGAAUGAACUGGGAGCUGGUCAUCCCAAAGCUGCAAAAUUUUCUGUCCUGGUGGUUGUUGUAACAUCAUUAUCAAUUGGCCUUAUAUGUAUGGCCAUCAUUCUUGCAACCAAAAAUGAUUUUGCUGCACUAUUCACGAGUAGUAAAGUGGUCAUAGAAACAGUGUCCAAUAUGGCAAUGUUACUUGGAGUAACGAUGGUUUUAAAUAGUGUACAACCAGUUCUAUCAGGUGUGGCCGUAGGCGGAGGUUGGCAACGUCUGAUAGCCUAUGUAAACAUAGGGUGCUACUAUGUUGUUGGAUUACCCCUUGGUCUUCUUAUGGGAUAUAAGUUCGACCUUGGAGCGAAGGGCAUUUGGACGGGUAUGAUUUGUGGAACAGCCCUCCAGACUCUUAUUUUAUUGUUAAUCACAUAUUUCACUAAUUGGAACCGAGAGGCUGCUCAAGCUGAGGAUCGUAUCAGGGUAUGGGGAGGAUCAUUGAAAGGGAACGAGAAUGUUGAAUAUGAGAACAUCCAUUAAAAAAUCUAGAAGACCAUUUGCGAAAUCUUUUGAUAAAUGUCGUCAUGGAAAAAUAAUUGUUCUAAAGAUAAUAUCUAGAAGAUCAUCUUCUGUGAAGAAGAAAACCUCCAAAUAUUUGAACUGCAGGUACAAAUCUAGUGGAUUGACACACGACAUGCUCAACUAGAUGGUCUAUCGUUAGGCUGAUUGAUGGUUCAGUAAUUUCAAAUACUAGAAAUUUUUGGUGAACAGGCUAUACCAUCAAUCUAAUUUCGUAGAAAUACUGUAUAAUUUAUAAGUGAAAAUAUGUUGCGAAUUCAAUUCAGUAUUCAGGUACAUACCUAGUAAUAUAAUAUAGAUGGAAAGAAACUAAUCAUAAAAGAGAUGCUAACUAUAACACAAAAUAUAUGUUGAAAUUUUUUUAUGAGAGAAAACUCUACCCAAUGAAAUUCAAAUCUUGUAUACAU